AUGAAGCUCAACUUCGCCUCCCUCCUGUUCGCUGCUGCAGCCAGCGCCAGCCCUCUUGAGGCUCGUGCCUCCGGUGUCCAGGGCUUCGACAUCUCCGGCUACCAACCUACCGUGGACUUUGCUGGUGCUUACAACUCUGGUGCCCGUUUCGUCAUGAUCAAGGCCACUGAGGGCACCUCCUUCAUUUCCAGCUCUUUCUCCUCGCAAUACACCGGUGCCACUAAUGCUGGCUUGAUCCGCGGUGCUUAUCACUUUGCCCAGCCCGCUAGCAGCUCAGGUGCCGCCCAAGCCACCUACUUCCUCGCCCACGGUGGAGGCUGGAGCAACGAUGGCCAGACCCUGCCCGGUAUGCUGGAUAUUGAAUACAACCCGUCUGGCGCAACCUGCUAUGGCCUCAGCGCCUCUGCCAUGGUCUCCUGGAUCAAGGACUUUGGUACUACCUACAAGGCCAAGACCGGUCGGUACCCAAUGAUCUACACCACCGCCGACUGGUGGAACACCUGCACCGGUGGCAGCACUGCCUUCAGCAACGAUUAUCCCUUGGUGCUGGCUCGCUACAGCUCUUCCGUCGGUACCAUCCCCGGUGGCUGGCCCUACCAGAGCUUCUGGCAGAACUCGGAUGCCUACAGCUAUGGUGGUGAUUCUGAGAUCUGGAAUGGCAGCGAGGCCUCUCUGAAGACCUUUGCCACCGUCGCCGCGUAA